AUGACUGGCUUUGAGAAAUCCGUAAAAGGGGCAACUAAGCUCAAGCUUGCGGCCCCUAAGUCCAAAUAUGUCGAAACCAUCCUGGUUGCCACGCACACCGGAGAAGCCGGCGUCGCAGAGAUCUUUCGUUUUCUUCAACACAGGCUUCAUGACUCGGCAUGGACAAUUGUCUUCAAAGCAUUGAUCAUUGUCCAUCUGAUGAUCCGGGAGGGUCAGCAGGAUGCGGCGUUGGCAUAUCUGUCCGAGAAUCCGCAGAAGAUUGCACCAAGCAAUUUUUCCGAAGCUCAGUCUCAGGGACGUAACAUCCGACGAUAUGCCGAAUAUUUGAUGGCACGAGCCAAAGCAUUCGCCACGACAACAACAGAUUAUGUGCGAAGCGGCCCUGGGCGCCUGAAAAGACUUAGUGUGGACAAGGGUCUGCUCAGAGAAACAGAGGUCGUUCAGCGGCAGAUACGUGCCUUGCUGCGAUGCGAUCUGUUAACGGACGAGCCCGAGAACGAGAUCAGUCUGACCGCAUUCCGUCUCCUUACACUUGAUCUCCUGACGCUUUACUCUGUUAUGAACGAAGGAACGAUUAAUGUCCUGGAACACUACUUCGAAAUGUCCAGACCGGAUAGUGAACGGGCCCUGGCCAUUUACAAGACAUUUACGAAGCAGACGGAGGAAGUCGUUCAGUUCCUGGGAGUCGCCCGACACUUCCAGUCCGCCACCCGAUUAGAGAUUCCCAAGCUCAAGCAUGCGUCUACCGAUCUGACGCGCCUGCUCGAGGACGAUUUGAAUGACCCGGACUUUGACCUUCGCAGGCGGGAGUACUUGGCAGGCAAGGGAAUCAAGAAGGAUGGGAAUGCGACGGCUUCAGGUGGUGGUUCCGCUCUUGCCGACUCGUCGCUCCCGGCCAAGACUCACCCAAACCCACAACCUGAAACGCAGAAGACGGCACCCGCCGACUUGAUUGACUUCUUUGACUCGAUUGAGCAGAAUCAGCAACCCAUGGCCCAGACGACAGCGAUGCCGUAUCAGCAAAGCGGGUUUCAACAGGCACCAUUUUCUCAAGCCGUCUACCAACAACAAACAGGGUUCACCCAGCAACCACAACCCAUGGGAUACGAUCAGCCAAAUCCAUUCGGACCUGGCGUGCCGCAGCAGGGGACUGGUAAUCCAUUCGGACAGGCGCAGGGUGUGCCUCUGCCGCUCCAGGCGAUGGCCACUGGAGCCGGUUUCGGGGGAUAUACACCGCAGCCACAAUCCUAUGGGUUUCAAUCGCAGCUUGUGCCGAUUCCCCAAGACGCGGUGCCCACAUUUCCCCAGCACAUGCAACCCAUGUCGCCGGGUUCGCAAGGGUCGCAGCCGCAGGCGUUGCAACCGCAACACACUGGCACGAAUCCUUUCCGCCAGUCCAUGCUGAACAAUCUCGCGCCCGCUAGCGCACAGCCUGCUGCUCCCAUUCAACGGCAGAACACCAAUCCCUUCGCCCGACGUCUCUCUAUGGCACAGCCCAACGGCCACCAGGGUCCUCCCGGGCAGAACGCACCCACGCCUCAGAUGCCACCGACGGCGCCGGCGCUUCAGCCCCAGCGCACAGGCACGAACCCUUUUGCUCGGAAUUCGACCGCGCCUCCCGCUCCCAAUGCGGGUCUUCAGCCUCCAGCUGCAGCCCCCUUGCAGCCCCAUCCGACGGGCAGCACCAAUCCGUUCCGUCAGAGUCAAUUCAUCAACCAACAGACUGGCCAAGGGUGGCAUACGGCACCAAAUGGCACCAUGGGCGGGUAUGAACAGUUGGAGACGGUGCCUGUCUUCCCUCGCCCAGGUAUGGCGUAA